UCUCCCGGGUUUUUGAGAUUUGGAUGCAGCAGUUUGUUGACAUCAAGACAUAAUCUCUGAUUAAGAUCAAACAGUUAUAAAAGAUGUCGGGUCUCAGUCAGGAGCUAAAGCGUUGGGCUAUUGAUGAACUUAAUCUGCCAGCAGCCAGACUCCCUGAUGACGGAUAUAUAAAGACGUUGUGCGUUGGUCUCGGAGCUUCCAUUUGGAAAUAUAUCACGCAGCAUGUGUAUAAAGAGAGGAAUGUUCGGGUCAUAAGGGGGAAUCUUCAAUGGUACAAAGUUUUACAAGAUGAAGAGCUGAAACACUUGAACAGUCAGAAUACAGAUGUAAGAAGGCUUGAGCUUCAGAAAGAGAUUGAUGCCCUUCAGACUGAUCUUGUUCAACUGGACACAAAGAUCAGUCGGGUGGAGGAUCAGCUUGCUACUGAAGAGCAGAAUGUGAACAGGAACUGGGAGGAUUUCAUGGAGAACAGACAGAGAAAGCUCCUGUUGGAUUCCUUCAGGCAAUGCUGCACAGAGGACAGAAAAAUCCUCCUGGAAGACACACACAUGAUUGGCACCCAACGACAUGCCCUGGAAGAGCUGUCCAAGAAAGCAGAAGUGAAGCUGGUGUUUGGGUCAUCCAACAAUGCAGACUGUGGAGCUGGUGCAGAUCCUCUGGUUUUAAGGGAUAUCAGAGAGCUCUGCAAUGAAAGAGUUCUCUUUUUCCAAUGCCUUCUACAGAGCGAACUGACAGCAAAUUCAUCAGCCGAUUUUAAUCAUGAUCAAAGGAAUGCUGUGAUCCAGCACUGGGUGAGUGCAGUGGAGAAUGUCCUACGUUCUCACCCUCCAAACCAAGUGCUCUCAGCUCUUCAAGCUCUGACCUCCAGACAGCAAGUGGCACUAGAGGAGAAAAUUGCAUCUUUGGAUGUAGAGCGUGAUGUAUCAGCUUUAGAGUUUUGUUAUGAGAGUGAUCAUCUUAUAGAUGUGUCAGCUAAGGAAGAGGAGUUGCCACCUGUUCGAAGUCUAUUGCAGUCUGUCUGGGAAGAGGUGGAGCAGAGUUAUGUUGAAUUAUCACAGGCUCGAUACAGACGUGGGCAGCUGGAGACUGAGAUUUCAGCUUUGAUGAGUAAGGCAGAGGUUGGUGUGCUGGCACAGGAAACAGACCCACUGGCCAGGUGUGUGUUUGAGUUGAAGAUGGAGGGAGUAAAGCAAGCAGUAGUAAGAGACAGCAUCAGAGAGCAGUGUACUCAGCUGCAGUUACGAGUCAGAGAAGCACAGGAAGCCAUCAGGACCCUACAUACACAGUGGCAAAGUGUCAUGGACUUCAGACAGCUUGUGGAGAGGAGACAAGAACAGAUACGGAGCCUGAUCAAGGGGAACUCCUCGGUGAAGACUGAAUUAACCCGUGUCCAUGCAGAGGUUGGACAGUUUGUGCAGGAAAACCUCAGUACUCAGUUUGGUAAUGUGAUUAAAGCUGGAAAUGGACUGCGAAACUCUGUAUCACAAGGGGCCAAGCACUUCAGUUUUGUGUCACUGGCUGCACUGGACCGCAGGGUCAUGAAGGGGGGACAGAAGCUACCAGCAGCUCAGCUUUCUAUCCACCGGUUACAGUCUCCUGCUUUCCAAAAACUCUGUGAAAGUCUCUCAUUUCCCAUGUAUAUGGCUUCAGAGGAGCUAUGGUCUCAGGCUGCAGCCCGGCGGCUGGAGUUACGACAUCUGUGCAGACUCCUUCAGCUUCUCUCAGAGUCAGCAGCAGACACGCAGAAGCUGACGGCAAAGCUGCCCUCCCCUGAUCAGCAGACUUUGCUGCAGCGUGUGAAGAUGGUAGAUGGUGAGAUUCAGCAGACAUUGUUCCCUCGGGCAUUUGAGCUCACACAGAGAUGCUCUAAAGGCCUGCUUUACGCAGAACAAGUGAAGACUGCUAUUACACACUGGUGGGAGCAGCCUGGACAGUUUGCCUUGCCAGAGAUGCAGAGAGAAGGACUGUCUUUCCAACAGUGGCUACAGCGAUGGAAACUGGCAACAAAAGAAUCCUGACUUAUUUCUCUAUUUGUAAUCAAAGUUUGUGUAGUGUAUCUCUAUACAAUUUAUAUUUUACUUUCAUAUUUCAACACUUUACUCUUAAAAAUAAACUGAUUAUCAUUCAA